AGCAGCAGCAGCACUGGGGUUACAGUGAGCGUUCGCGUCGUACAAUCGAGUGGGAACGCAUCGGCUGGGAGAGUUCAGCAAACUUAUCAAGUGAGUGAAGGAAUGAGAGCAGAUCCCGCGCGGACGCAACGCGACGCUCGGUGACGUCACAGACCGCUGGACACACGGAACGAUGACCGCGAGGAACAGAAGCAAGAACAGCUCGAACUCGAACUCCAGCAGCGACAGAGCCGUCGCGAGCCAGCAGCCUGAGCAUGACGCGCCGAGGAAAACCCCGAGUAAAGUCGCGGUGAAAGCGGAGAACGCGCCGCUCGCGAGCCGCGGCUCCGGGUCCGACGCGCUGAUGAUGGUGAUGAAGUGUGUGUGCGCGUUGUUUUCCCUGGCGCUCGCGGCCGGAGUCGUGUUAGCGGCCGUGCACUUCCAGCGCGAGCUGUCGGAGAUCAAACACGCGAGCGUCAGGCACGAGGAGUCCGCGAUGAAGUGCGCGGCGGCGGCGCGCGAGGUGGAGCACGCACUCACACAGAUCAGGUCCAUGCAGGCGUCCCUGGAGGGUGUGGAGAGCGCGGUGGCCAGUGCCAGGACUCAGCAGGAGAGCACCAGCCGCGCGCUGCAGAAGAGCGAGGCCGACGCCCGGCGCGUGGAGGAGGCGCUCCCGAAGCUCCAGAAGCAGCUCCUGCGGGACCUAGCGGAGAGCAUCCGCGAGCUGAAGGAGGAGCGGGAGCGGGACGUGUCCUCGCUGGAGCAGCGCAUGAGCCAGAACGCGGAGGAGAGCACAGCCGGGUUUAACCGCGAGAUCCUGGAGCUCAGAGCCCGUCUGGAGGAGGCGGAGGCGCCGGCGCUCCUCGCGCAGGAGCUAACGUCCGUCAGCAGCGCCGUGGCUAACCUCAACACCGCUAGCGAGGUGUGCGCGGGGAACGUGGCGGUGCUGCGCGAGCAGAUCGCGUCGGUGGGCUCCGAGCUGCAGACGAGGAACGGGGAGGUGGCGUCGUUGUCGGAGGAGCUGGGCGCCGUGAGGACGCUAGUGCAGAGCGCCGUGGGGAGCCUGCGCGAGGAGGUUAGCGCAGCGAGAGCCGGCAUCCAGGCCGCGAGCGACCGGCUCCAGGGUCUGAGCGAGCGGCAGAGCCAGGCCAGCGCCGAGACCCAGAGUCUGAGGGCCGAGCUGAAGGAGGAGCUGCAGGAGCGGAGACACGGGCUGGAGGAGCGACUGAGGGCCACGGAGGAGAGCCGGGACGCCCUCGAGACCAGGCAGAAAACACACGAGGACUCGCUAGCCGGCUGCAGGACCACGGAGGAGGCGCUCAGUGCCCAUCUGGAGGAGAUGAGGAGCCGGCUGGGGGAGAUCAAGACCAGAGUAGCCGAUCUGGAGGAGCUCAAGACCAGUGUAGCCGAUCUGGGAGAGCUCAAGACCAGAGUAGUCGAUCUAGCAGAGCUCAAGACCAGAGUAGCCGAUCUGGUAGAGCUCAAGACCAGAGUAGCCGAUCUGGAGGAGCAGAACCAGGAGCAGGAGACCGUUCGAGAUGAAGAACCGCUGAAGUAAUGAGCCUGAGAUCAGAUACUGAGAGC